AUGACUCCGCCCCAGCUCUUCAAGAUUCUCGCGCUCUUCCUGCUGGCCGUUUUAACCACGGCUUCACCCAUUGCAAUUCCCACUACUGGGGGUGUCUCGGUCCCGACCACUAUCCCUAGCGACGUCUCAAUCGCUAUCCCAGCCAGUACUUCGGACGAUGUCCCCAACGACGUGUCAACUGAGGUCAACUGCUAUCGCUGUGUAUACAUCAACCUGUUCUGUAAGGAAAUUGGCCUCACUGAGGACCAAUGCUUCCAAUUGCGAUGCAAAGAUCCCGACCAACUCAAUGGCUCCGACUCUGCUACUGCCGGCAAUGUCGUUGCCGAGAGCUCUUCGACUUCUAUGGCUCCAGUAACGAAGCGCGAGGAAGCAAAGCGGUGCUUCUGGGUCUGUAUUCAUACAUACUGCACGCGCCAGUGUAUCGGCGACGACGCCGUUGCAGCUCUCAGGGCCAAUAGCGCGCUCGUCAUCGACGAAGCCGAUAUGAAAACCGACACCACUAUCUCCGUCUCUUCGAGCCAUGCGCAACUAAAGAACCAUUUCCUCUACCAUUGUGACUGGACCUCUGGUAUAUGCUGGACUGACCCUGUUCUUCAAGCUGUAGCUGGGAGCGAAAUCAGCAUCGAGGAAAUUCCGGACAUCCCAACCAAGGUCUGUCGCGAGGUGUGUAGUACGGACGAAUCGCUCUGCGGCAUGGUCUGUGAUGCCGAUGAGAAUGAAGAUAAGAACAUCGACUUUGGGAAGGCUGACUUUGCUAACCGCGGGCUCAAGUGCCACUGGGAAUGCAUGUUUGGCCAGUGUUGGGCUGUCUGUCUUCCGACAACGGCUGUCGGCUCCGCCGAUGCCAAUGCCGAUGCCGAUGCCAAUGCCGUUAUGGGAUUGUCCUCUCUCAAAUACCGCUGGGAGUGCUACUUCGGUCAGUGCUAUGCACGCUGCGUUCCAUCAGCCAAAGGAGAGGGGGCCCAGAAGCGCGGUACAUUACCUCCACCCUGUCAUGAACGUUGUGACGACGACAAGUGCUGGAUUGUCUGUCCCCGUCCACCGAUAGAGUAG